GGUAGCAAUAUCUAUCAUUAUUGUUGUUGGGUUACAAUUUGAGCAACUUCCAAGUGACUCAACCCCAUGGCUCUCUAUAGAAAGGUGGAGACUGAGGUAGAAAUUAAGGCUUCAACUCAAAAGUUUCAUGAAAUAAUUAAUCGAAAACUUUACCGUGUAUCUAAUGUCUCUUCAAAUAAAAUACGAAGCUGCGAGUUACAUGAAGGUGAAUGGGGCAAAGUUGGCACUAUCCUCUAUUGGCAUUACACUCAUGAUGAGAAGGAUCGUGUGGCAAAGAGUGUAACCGAAGAUGUCGAUGAGGAGAACAAUUCACUCACUUGGAAUAUGGUUGAGGGAGACCAUUUAAAGCACUACAAGAGCUUCAAAAUUAAAAUCCAAUGUAUCCCAAAGGAUAAGGGAAGUGUGAUUCGCUUUACUUUGGAAUAUGAAAAGCUGCAUGAAAAAAUUCCAGAUUCACAUACUUUUCUGCUGUUUUGUGUUGAUAUUGCCAAAGACAUUGAUGCUUACCUCAUGGGAGACAAUAAUGAAGGCUCAUUUAUAACCAAGGCAUGACCAACAAACCAUUCAUAGCUCUUGGGUGGUGCUAUUACUAUGCUAUAUUAUGGAAUAAUCUUAGUUUAUACUUAAAUAAACAUAUUAUGUCGU